AACCGACUAUCCUCCGUACAAGCGCGCGUAGUGUUGAAAAGCCCUUAGAUAGGCUCGAUUUAUUGAAGCAUCCUAAAAGACUAACUGUCAAAACCUUGCGUUGUGACCCUUUUCUUAUUGUGUGAUGAUGGUUGGGCGCGUGCGAUGUGUUGCUUGCUCAGUCUUGGUUUGUUCAGGGGCGGUAAUGAAGCUGCAAAAAAUAGGGGUGUAUUUGUUGGUGCCCGCCCGCUGUGCGCGUGUGUCCAUCCACCUUGCCGUGUGCCCACUUUUUUUUUGUUGUACAUGUUCAGUACCUGAAAGACCGGUCGAGAACGACCACAAACAGUUGGACAUCACCGUGUUAACAGUGGCAAUUGUAACAGCAAUCUGGAGAGGAGAAGGGGUUUGUCGUUCCUCUUGCACUCGUAGUAGCCAGCUGACACUGAAGAUGCAAAUGCGAAGGAUAAAAAAGCAAGCUCGUACAUGUUUUUAAACUAUUGUCUCUUGCCUUUGCUCAGCUCCUCAUUGCUCCCUU